CCCCGCCCGCUUUCCCGAACCCCCGCGACCCUUCCUCGACGCGCCGCCCCUUCCGCGAAUCCACAACUCGGCGUUCAAGUCGAUGACGGAGGCCGUGCGCGAGAGCGAGAUCAAGAACCGCGACCCCUCCGCCUUGCUCUCGCAGCCCCGGCACUCUUGGAGUUCCGUCGGGAACUCGCCGAGAGCGAGUUUACUCGAGCUUACUCGAGCCAAAUGCGCGGGCGCGGCCGCGGCGCGGGCGGACGCGCGCCACGCCCUGGCGCGGCUGGCCACGUGUAAGUACCGCCGUUACUUCACUCGCUGCUCUCUUGUGCCUGACGCUUCGACGCCUGACUGCAACGCAUGUCGCACGGUCUACGCUUCGCAUGCCGCUUCCUUUCAUCCAUUUACAUUUGCGGCCCGCUUGACGGACGGUUCGCUCGCUCCGAAAGGAACAUCCCGGUUAACGUGUCGGAGACGACGGCGUCGUCAGGCGGGCUCGCUCUCGCUUCGUCCCGCUUCUCACUGAACAACGGGAGCACCGACCUCCUUCCUAUUGACUAUGACUAAUAUCAUUGUUAGCGUCUAGUUAGGUUCGGGGGAGUCUGGGUAGAGACUCUCCCGAGCUAGUUCGACCCGGGAGCGGCCGAACUCGCACGCGAGGCCCGCUCCCUGGUCAGCGGUCGCUGUGUCGCAGCCUCACGGAGAGGGCGCGGCUGCUGCACAACGUGCGCAGUGUGUUCAGCCGCCGCUCCACCCGCGCGGACACGGAGCUGGAACUGUCGCACGGGUUCGCGUUUUCUCAAGAGGAGGGCGGCAGCGUAUCGCAGGCGGAGGUGAUCCGCGCGUACGACACGCGCGAGCCGAGGGAGCGGCACUCCUGAGCUGACGUCACGCGCCGCCGCCCGCGCCCCUCCGCCGCCUGCUGAGGGCCGGGCGCGCCCGCCGCCCCUCCGCCCCCGCCGCCCUCGCCGCCCACACGUACAAAGCACUCCGCGUCCAACUCCGGACGUGUCGCACGUUGCGAGCGUUUUCAGACUGCGGGUUCAGGCUUACGUAUUAAUAUCUUAGAGAAGACAUACUAUGUACGUAACGAUGAAGUGCAGAACCCGAGUUGAGCCAGCGCAAGUCGUCAAACCUGCAUUUCUUAAAACGCUCCCGAAAUGUCGUAAUGCAUUUACAACGACAAUUACCGUUUCAGGUUUAAAUGUCUGUAAUAACGUUAAUAUACAUAUAUGAAUGCUUGAGUAGAAAUAUCCUCCGAGUGCACGCUACUCGGCGACACAGAGAUUCGAACCAAUGUUACGUAGAUCUGUUAUUGUUUUAACUUUUAAAUCUGCUUUAUAACUAUGUGGCGGAGUACCGCUGUGCGAACAGAAAAUACUAUUUAUUUAUUAGAACUGAGAGCACGAUUCUUCAGUAUUGAUCGAGAUCUAUUUAUUGUACUCGUAGUUAUGUAUGACAUUUCAAAUAGGUAGAUGUUCGGCACACUUAGUGUCACGUUUGUCGUCGCCUUUGGCGGCUCCAUCGCCUGCAUCGAGGGUACAAGAAGCAAGUACAUUUUGUUGCAGUACAAUGCGAGGGUUUACAUAAUCUCUAGUAAAUACUGGAUUUAGUUUAUGGCGAUUAACGUUUUAUCCGACAUCAAAUAUGUACAAUGAAGAAACCUCGAAAUAUUAAUAUUUAAUUUUAUUCACAAAGCAAAGCGCUUUACACAGUCCCAGUUAGGAUCCGGAAGGGCCUGUCAUAAAGGGCAGUCGCUACACGAUGGAUUCUGUAUAUUUUGCUAAGUUCACUGCUAUCCUUAUUUUAAUGUUUGAUACAAAAUGGUGUCCCGGUUGGUCUUCAAUGUGGUAUGCGAAUGACGACGUCCAAACUUGCUGCGAUGGAAUUUCAUUCUCUAGGAAAUGGGCUAGUCAAUGUGAAGUGAUAGACCUUGGUAAUUUACUUGAAAUUUAAAAAGUGAUUUUAUACUUUUAGGUAAAGAUAUAGUUCAAAUAACUAAAUUCAAUUAACAAUAUAACGAACACGUAAAAAAAAAGAUUGGGCCUGUCACUCUUUACGAAUGUAAAUAAUCCUUUGUCACCAUUGACUUACAAAUAUAUGGACGACGGGUCUAAUACAAAAACUACGAAAAAAAUGUCCCAAGUCAACCUAUUUAAACGUAACGUAUGUAAAGGAAUAUGAAAAAGCUAAAACGUUG